CCGUGUACCUUCGAUGGCCCGGCCCAGAUUAGUCAAACUCCCCCUAUAUAAUAUUCUCUUCCCAAAACCCUAACCCUAGAUCUCUUUAAAACCUUUGCAACAGGUUGCUGCACCAACUCUUAACAGCAGAAGCACCUCUCUAGCAAUCAACCAUGGGUAAGGUACAUGGAUCUCUGGCUCGGGCCGGUAAAGUGAGAGGCCAAACUCCCAAAGUGGCAAAGCAAGACAAGAAGAAGAAACCCCGUGGACGCGCCCACAAGCGCAUGCAAUACAAUCGCCGAUUUGUGACCGCCGUUGUUGGAUUCGGCAAGAAGAGGGGACCCAACUCGUCGGAGAAGUGAAGAAUGCUCUGAGGGGAUGAGGAGCUCUUUAGGUUAAAGUUUUGCUUAUUUUUUCCUCUUUUCUUUUUUCUUGGAUGAAUUUCAAUGUUAUUGAAGACCCUGAUGCUGAUGUGAGUUUUCGGAGUUGUCUACUGGAUUAUCAUUAUGAUGGAAUUUUGCCUAAUUGGUUAAUUAACCUGAAAAUGAUGUGAUUUAUCU